UAGUGCAGAGUGCUGCCAGAGAGCCUCCUCUCCUGCUGCUGCUGGAUCCACAGCCUUUCUGCCAGCCUCCUCACCAGACGGUCUGUGACCUCCAGAUCAACAUCCAUCUAUCCACCUACCCCACUGGAGCAGCGCAGCUCCUCCAGACCCCUGGGCACCGGGACCACUCCUCUCACCUCCCUCCGUCACCAGCCCGCCACCACUCUCUAUCCUCUGCACCACCCCUCUGUCCACCUGUCCUAGAGUACGCUCUCGCCCCUCACUGCCUAGCGCCCAGCCCGCCCCAGCAUGGAUAAGGUGCAGCACACGAUGCGCUCGGCCAUCCGCAGAGCCUCCAUGGCGGUGGACGUGCCCCCCCAGGCCAGGCAGAACAUGCAGGAGCUCUUUGUCAACUUCAGCCUCAUCCUCAUCUGCCUGCUGCUCAUCUACAUCAUCGUGUUGUUGAUGUGAGGGCCGGGGGGGGGGGGGCGGGAGGGGCCAGGUGCCACACUACAGCCCAACAGGGCCAUGCACUCUUCAAGAGGGCCAGACAAUGAAAGGGGAGAGGAGGGGAUUGGGUGGCAAACAUAGAGAUUAUCUUAAUAUUUUGUCAAAUGGUUUUGAAUUUGCAGGAAUUAGUGUAGGAUAAGAUCAGAUAUACUGUUUUGUAGAGUCUAAUAAUUCGGCAUGAUUUAUUUGAAUGACAUAUACAAUCAGACACUAUGAUACUAGAAAGUUGCAGUGUGAGAGUUGUAAUAGAAGAUUGUUGUUCCCAGAUGCAGUGUGCACUCUCCUACAUAUUUAUUUACACAGUGAAGCUAAAGUAAAAGAGGCAUAAAUAUCAUACCCCACCAAACAAAUGCUAAUGAGAGGUUAGCAUGCUUUGGGGGCAUGAUCUUUUCCAUUCAUCUGUAACUUUCUCAAUCAUCAUUAUUCGCGAUUCAUUCGUGAUUAUCCGCAAUCAUGGUAGCAUGCACGUUAAUGUAGAAGGGUACAGAAACAUAUUCUAUUGUUAUUUACCAUACAAGGGAUUCCAAAAUGACACAAUAAAAUGAUUUACCAAUCAUUGAGCACACCAUAAUCCGAAACACUUCUAAAACAAACUGCAAAUGCAUCCAACAAGUUUGUAGAGUCACAAGCUUGAUGUGGUCAUUGCAUGCUGGGAAUAUGGGACCAAACACUAAACUUUGGACUAAAUUGAAUACACUAUUGUAAGAGUAGAGGAGCUAACCCCUGUGUCCUUGCUAUAUUCCCAAUCUGGUCCUUAUACAGUACCAUCACUGUCACCUAAUUGUCCCCAGUUC